UCUCAGUUAAUCUCUAUUUUUGGCAGAGUUACAACGUGGAGUUUCUUUUGUGAUCUCAAUAUAUCAAAUCACUCGACUUCUGAUCAGGCAAAACUUUUCUGUUUGUUAAUUUUUAAAAUAAAGUCCAUCAAUAUUUUAGUAAUAGUUAAAUAUAAGUGAGAGAAUUGUUACAAACGUCAAAUGAUUUAAUCAAAGGUCAACUAACCUCACAACGAUCUUUUGAUUUAGAUUCUGGUAGCAUAAAAAUUAUUAAAAUGAUAUUACGAUUGCUUCUCAUCAUUACUGUGACAUUUGCUCUGUUUAAUAAUGCUAUGCCAUCAAAAAUUUUAUUUACCGUCGCAUUUGCAGGGAACAGUCAUUGGCUCAUGUUUCAACCUCUUAUCAAUGAACUAUUAAGUCGAGGGCAUGAGGUGACUGUUAUCACACAUUUUGAAUUGAAGACUGACUCUAAAAAUUAUCGUCAAGUUCUGAUUAGACCAAAAUGGGAUUGGGAUGCAAUAUUCAACAUGACAAUACCAUUUGAAGUUGGUGGAACAUAUGAAAGUCCUUUUUUCAAAGUCAAAUCAUUGUGGGACUACGGAAUUGCAACAACGAAACAUGCAUUGGACUCACCCGUUGUGAAGAAUUUCAUAGAAAAUGACGUAACAAAAUUUGAUCUCGUGAUUAGUGAACAAUUUCAGCAAGAGGCUUUUAACAUGUUUGCACAUAAAUAUAACUGUCCAUUGAUAGUUAUUGGAACUUUAGAUUAUGCUGACUUUAUGGAUCAUGCGAAAGGUGCGUUGACUUCUUGGAGUCACGUCCCACAUGCCUUAAGCUACUUUUCUGAUCGUAUGACGUUCGUUCAACGAGUGGAAAACACAAUUCUUUCACUUUAUGAUGCUAUUGGACACAAAAACGUGAAACUUUUCAUUGGACAUGGCGGGAUUUUCGGUACACAAGAAGCUAUUUAUCAUGCAGUUCCGUUAAUAAUUUUCCCAUUCUUCGGUGAUCAACAUUUAAAUGGUUUCAAAAUUCAAGAAGCUGGAAUGGGUUUGCUCGACUCAAUGAGCACCAUCACAACAGAUUCUUUAACAAGAAUCAUCAAUAAAGUUCUUAAUAAUGAAAGUUUUGCUCAAAAUAUUAAGAAAGCUUCGGAAAUUUUCCGUACAAAUCAAAAUGAACCACUUGACACUGCAAUAUGGUGGAUCGAAUACGUCAUCAAGUUUAAAGGCGCUGCACAUUUACAAUCACCAGCUAAGAAUCUUCCUUGGUAUCGAUAUUUACAAUUAGACAUCGUUUUCAUCGUAUUUGGUGCUAUUUACAUUAUUUAUGAUUUGAUCACAAUGAUUAAGUGGCUUCUGCUCAUCACAAUAGCAGCAUCAUCAAUUUCUGCUUCUAAUAUUCUUGUGUUGUCACCAAUGUCAAUAGUCAGUCAUUGGUUGUAUCUUGAAGAAAUUAUUAAAGAUCUUUUAAUACGAGGUCACAAAGUGACUGCAGUGACUUCAUACCUUGCAAAGAAGAAACAUGAAAAUUAUACUACAAUUAAUAUUCCCUCAUUGAAUUUAGAGCUACAGCAUUUCGGAUCAAAAAAUGUGUAUGCUGGAAUUUACUCUGGUGAAUCUUCUUACUUUUCAUUUUAUCAAAAAAUGGGAUUGCUGGUCACGGAGAAUCUUUUAAAAAAUCCAAAAGUUGGCGAGUUAAUAUUAUCAAAAGAUCAACAAUUUGAUUUAGUUAUUGUUGAACAAAUCUAUGUCGAAGCUUUUUACUUAUUCGCUCAUAAAUUCAAUUGUUCUUUAUUAACAAUUGCAUUACAAGGACAUUCAACUGUGAUAGAUCGCACAAUGGGAUUGUUUACACCGCUAUCACAUGUUCCACAUCAUGCUCUAACUCACGUUGAUUCUAAGAUGACUUUCGGUCAACGAGCUUACAAUGCAUACAUCUCGACUUAUGAAUCCUUCAUCAGAAGAUUUAGUUACAUUCCAAAACAAAACAAAAUUGCAAAAAAAUAUUUCAGUGAAGGUGUUGAAGGGGAACUUCCACAUGUUGCAACAAUGGAGAAGAAAAUUGCUUUGACUUUGGUCAAUUCUCAUAGCAGCAUUGAAAAUCCAAGACCAACAAUGCCUUCACAAGUUAAUAUCGGUGGUGCACAUAUAAGAAGGAUCUUAGCUCUACCAGCAGAUGUCAACGAAUUUCUUAAAACUGCUGAGAACGGAUUUAUUUUCUUUUCAUUUGGCACUUUUCUUAAAACAGACGCAAUUCCAAAUGAAAUUUAUACAGAAAUUAUUGAAGCAUUCAAAGCUUUACCUUAUAAAGUUUUAAUGAAGCUCAGCGUUGAUCCCCCAGCUGAUCUUCCACCAAAUAUUAUGGCACGUCGAUGGUUCCCUCAAAGUGAUUUAUUUGGACAUCCCAAAAUGCUUCUCUUUAUUUCACAUGGUGGAUGGCUUGGAGUGCAAGAAGCUUUGCAUCGUGGAGUUCCAAUGCUUUUCAUUCCAUUCUUAAAUGACCAACAUCGAAAUGCUGCCCGUGCUGUUAAAGAAGGCUAUGGAUCUGUUUUGCAAUUUGAUGAUAUUACUAAUGAAAGUCUCGUCAAGGAGAUUUUAAAAGUUACAGCUCCAGAAUAUAAGGCUAAAGCUUUGGAAAUGUCGAAAAUAUUCAAAGACAGUUUGAAUCAACCGAUGCAAGAAGUGACAUUUUGGAUUGAAUAUGUAAUCAGAAACAACGGUGCGCAACAUCUCAAAUCAACAUCAGUUGAUCUUUGCUGGAGCAAAUACUCUAUGAUUGAUGUUGGAUUUUUCUAUUUCUCAAUGUUCGCCCUUAGCUUCUUAUGUUCAUUUAUGAUCAUUAAAUUCUCUAUAACAAAAUAUCGCGGAAGAGAACAAAGAGGAAAAUUCAAAUAUUAUUAAAAUGCAAUCAACAUUCCUUGUUACAUUUCCUAUCUUACUUGAGUAUUUUGAAUAAAGGAAAUAAAGAAAAUUCAUUA